AUGCCGUGCCCCCUAGAGGAGCUCUGGCAGAUGGGGGACAGAUGGUCCCGCGGGGAGCCGUCCCGAAGACAGGGCCGCCCCUGCGUGCCGGGCUCGGUCCUGGGUGCCUUCGACAGCGCGCCUUGGCUGCUGGACAGAUUCCUGGCGCAGCUGGACAGUUACCUGACCUCCCGCUUCGAGCACCACUGGGACAACCUCAGGCGCCUAACAGGCUGA